GCUUUCUUCCACUCGGCGACGUUUGCUCCAGUGCGUCCCACAGACCUCCCUCUGUAAACCCAGUGUAGGCCUGUGACCUCUACGCGCCGAUAGAGCGUCAAGGAUAUAGAUAGCAUUGACGCGCUACGUGUGCUUCAAUAUCUUGAGAAAAUCAUUAAGGAUAUCCGCCCCAACGAAGUUCGACUUUCUCAGAAGCAAUGCCACUACACCAGCCGGGCAAUGACCUCUUGGAGCGCAUCAAUGGCCUCAUCACCAGUUACCGCUCAACAAAUGAUUUCGAUUUCAAGCAACUCGAGGAGGCAAUCUCUCUUUGCAGACAACACCUUGGAGUAGUGGACAGUAGUCCUAAUCAGCUGGCGUUCCUUGGGAGUUUACUAUGGUUGAGGUAUCGGGCCAAUGGAUCGGAUGAAGAUUUGAAAGAGUCAUCCCGUAUCGGGCUGGAGGCAGCCAGAUCAAUGGCUCGAGAUGAUCCCCAAAGGCAAGGAGUGCUGUUCAACACCCUAUCAAUCUUAAGCGAGAUUUGCAAAUCCGCUGGAGCUACCGACAAUCUGGACGAACUUUGUUGGAUUGGUAUCGAAGUUGCCCAGUCAUUGGGCCUUGAUGACCCUGCCCGGCCCGCUAUCUUACGAAACCUUCGUGCUGACAUUGGCAAAAAGUUCGAAAGGGCCAAGACAUUGUCAGACUUGGAAGAUGUGAUUGCUGUGGGGAAAGAAUAUGCCAGAACAGAUGGUGGACUAAGUGCCCUUUGCGAGUUAAGGGCCAUGUGGUAUCAGAAGUACGAGACAACACGAGAGCCGAAAGACUUGGACGAGGCAAUUCUAGUCGCCCAAGACGCAGUCAAGGAGGGGACUCGCACUUCAACCCACCUAUCAGAGCUUCUGAAUAACCUCGGAAUCUUGCUCAGCGACAAAUACACUCAUACGCGAGUCCUGAAAGAUCUGGAAGACGCAAUUUGCAAUGCUCGAGAGGCAUUGAAAACUACCAUCGAUGCUGAUCCUAACCAAGCGAUGUACCACUAUAAUCUGAGCAUGAUGCUUCUAAAACGAUAUGAGAGGCAAUCAGCAACCGAGGACUUGGACGAAGCUGCUACUCUUAGCAAAAUUGCUGUUAGCGGAACAUCAAACGGCCAUGCUGAACGAUCGAAUCGACUGAACCACUGUGGUAGUUGCUUCAGCGCGAAAUACGAAGCAACCUCAUCGCUUGACUACUUGGAUACGUCGAUCCGCUAUUGUCAGAAAGCUGUCGAUGAAGCUCUACCAGCUGCCCGCGCAUCAGCCCUCAAUUCUCUUUCGACAUCAUUGAGCCAAAGAUUCAAACGGUUAGGCACUGUCGAGGACUUAAAGGCCGCUAUUGGAUAUAGCCGAGAGGCCGUCUGUCAGAUGGAGGCACUCGGAAGAGAUGACCCGUAUAUACUCAGCACGCUUGCAAACCAGCUAUGCAGGAAGUAUUCUCGUUCUGGAGACCUCACGGACCUUGGACAGGCAAUCAAUGCGGCGCGUAGGACCCUGGAUGCGACUCCACCCGACCACGGCGAUCGUGUACACUAUCUCAGUAAUCUUGGGGCCAUGUUGGGAAUGAGAUAUGACCGAGAGAAGAUUCGCAGCGACAUAGACGAGGCGAUCGAGAGAGUUGGCGAGGCCUCGGGUGCUUUACCGGCAGGCGAUCCUGUCCGAUUGCUGUUACUCAGCAACUUGGGUCUGUGGCUCAUCCAAAGACACGAAGGAACCGGACGGGUCGACGAUCUUAACGAGGCUAUUCAGUUUGGAAGGGAAGCAGUCAGCAAAAUGGCCCCGUCAGAUCACAGACUUGGACAUGUCUCAUUCAACUUAGCCCGAGCCUUGGGCUUUAGAGGCAAGGGGAAGGGGAAAGGCGGAGAGACGUCUCAAGAUCUCGAAGAUGCUCUUCUUCAUUACACGAACGUGGCUCAAAAUGAUCUUACAGCACCCCUAAAAAGGAUUGAGGCCAGCAGGGCAGCAGCAGAUUUGCAUAUAAGUCGGUCCGACUGGCCUGCUGCGUAUAAACUCCUCGCCGGCGCCAUUGGGCUUCUUCCCAAAGUUUACAUUCGUGGCCUCUUAUGGGACGAUCGACAAUACGUUCUGAGAGGCAUGUCCGGUCUUUCCUCACUGGCGGCCUGUGCAGCCCUCAAUGCUGGAAUCAUGCCACCAGAGGCUCUUGCUCUUCUGGAAGCAGGCCGAGGCAUUAUCGCCAGUUCGGUCAUUGAUUCCCGUUCGAGUUUCUCUGCUUUAGAGAAAGCAAGCCCUGCUUUGUAUCAAGAAUACAUGGAAAAGCGGGAGCUCGCUUCGUUUUCCAUGUCGAAGCCGGAGAGCCAAUGGGGCAAGGCAGACGACGUGUCCCUUCGAAACCGGGCUAUCCGUGUUUUGGAGCUUCUUGAGGAGCAGAUACGGGAGCAAACGGCGCUUCAGACCUUUGGAUUGUCCCUAGCCCCGAGUGGUCUCAUCCAGUUGGCAGAAUCCGGCUCCAUCGUUUCAUUCAACGUCACCGAGCACCGCAGCGAUGCCUUUCUUGUUUCCAACAGGGACAUCACGGUUCUCUCGCUAGCAGAACUCCAUUUUAGCGAUCUUUUACACAGGGUAGAGGACAUGGAUAAGAUAACAAGCGCACGCGAUACUGCAACCUACCCCAACAGAAAUAAAAAACUUCGAGCACACCUUAAAUGGCUGUGGGAAGUGGCUGUACGCCCCGUCCUUGUCGCUUUAGAUUUGUUGCGCACCACUGCGACUACACCGGGCCGCCUCCCUCGCCUAUGGUGGGUCACGAGCGGCCCGGUUGGGCACACUCCACUCCACGCAGCAGGUUCAGGAUGGGGUCAAAGCACCGAGAACACGGCAAGUCAUGUUGUGUCAUCGUACAUCCCAACGUUCAAGGCACUUGCCAGUGCUCGGGAGAUAUCGCUAGCCAUGCGGGGGUGGCAAGAAUGUGGCAUACAAAUCGUAGCUAUGCCGAAAACUACUGGCUUCGAGGACCUCAGCACGGCUGGAGAAGUUGAAGGCAUACAGCGAAGCGUCAAAGAGUGUGAUGUCCUCGAAACGCCAGACAAGGAGUCGGUCCUCGACUCCAUGCGAUGCCGUCCGAUAAUGCACUUCGCAUGUCACGGCGAGUCGGAUCCUGAAGACCCUUCCAACAGUUAUCUGGCUCUUCGGGACGGCCCUGAUGGGACCCCUCAGCGUUUGUCGGUGCGCGAAGUGGCCGAUGUGUCCCUGCCUGAGGCAUACAUGGCGUACUUAUCGGCGUGCUCCACUGCUCGACAUAGGGCCCCCGAUUUACGAGACGAGGCCAUUCAUAUUGCGAGCGCAUUUCAGCUUGUCGGCUUCCGUCAUGUGCUUGCCACUCUGUGGAUAGCGCAUGACCUCACUGCCGUUGAUAUAGCCACUCUUUUCUAUAAAGAACUAGCGCAGGCGUUGCCUAGUGGGUUUGAAGGCGCCGUCGUAAAAAGUGACCAUGACCAGGUGGCAUACGCUCACCACCACGCGGUACAGCUUCUACGAGAAGGAGCACUGCUUCCUAUAUGGGCAAGACGAACGAGCCCAGAGAACGUGAUUUCAUGGGCGACAUUUGUGCAUUUCGGGUGUUGAUGGAAGUAGAUCAGUUAGCACUGGCAGUCGUGACUCGAUUUAGAUGGCCAGAGGCCAUGGAUUUGCGGGAG